UUUCUCCUUUAAAAAUCAAGCAUUUUAAUUUUCUGGGCAGAAAAUUGUUUUUGGGUUUCUAUUUCUGUAACUAAAAAAAGCUGUUUUGGAUCGGCGAGCUUGCAAAAUGUGAGGGACUUGCAGCUUCUCAGGUUCUAAAGGUCAAUCGUGUUCACUCAGUCUGUUGUUUCUAAGGGUGUGCAAACAAACGUAUUGCCUCUGUUACAUAGACAUACUACAUAUAUAUGGCUUCUGCUGGUGCUGCUCCUGCUUCCACUGUUGGAAAACCGGGUGGCAAUACAGGUUUUGCUGAUAAGCUUCCAGAUGAAAUCAAUGAAAUGAAAAUCAAGGAUGAAAAGGCUGAAAAGGAAGUGGAAGCAGCAGUAGUCGAUGGAAAUGGAACUGAAACCGGCCACAUUAUAGUAACUACCAUUGGCGGUCGAAAUGGUCAGCCUAAACAGACUAUAAGUUACAUGGCGGAGCGUGUUGUUGGACAGGGCUCGUUUGGUAUAGUGUUUCAGGCUAAGUGCCUAGAAACCGGAGAAACUGUUGCAAUCAAGAAGGUUUUACAGGACAAGAGGUAUAAGAACCGCGAGUUGCAAACAAUGCGCCUUCUUGAUCAUCCUAAUGUCGUGUCGCUAAAACACUGCUUCUUCUCAACCACGGAAAAGGACGAGCUCUAUCUAAAUUUGGUACUUGAAUUUGUACCUGAGACCAUUUAUCGUGUGGCAAAGCACUAUAGCAAGGCAAAUCAGCUGAUGCCUCUGAUAUAUGUGAAACUAUAUACAUAUCAGAUUUGUAGAGCUUUGGCAUAUAUUCACGGAGGAAUUGGAGUAUGCCACAGGGACAUCAAGCCACAGAAUCUUCUGGUUAAUCCCCAUACUCAUCAGGUCAAGCUGUGUGACUUUGGAAGUGCAAAAGUUCUGGUCAAAGGAGAGCCAAAUAUAUCAUAUAUUUGUUCGCGCUAUUACCGAGCACCGGAGCUCAUAUUUGGGGCAACUGAAUACACUACUGCAAUUGACAUUUGGUCUGUGGGAUGUGUCCUUGCUGAACUGCUUCUUGGACAGCCACUCUUUCCAGGUGAAAGUGGAGUAGAUCAGCUUGUUGAGAUUAUUAAGGUACUUGGCACUCCAACUCGCGAAGAAAUCAAAUGCAUGAACCCGAAUUACACCGAAUUCAAAUUCCCACAAAUCAAGGCUCAUCCUUGGCACAAAAUAUUCCAUAAGCGCAUGCCUCCAGAAGCAGUAGAUCUUGUGUCAAGACUUCUUCAGUAUUCUCCAAAUCUAAGAUGCACUGCUUUGGAGGCUUGUAUCCACCCGUUUUUUGAUGAACUCCGUGAUCCCAACGCCCGUCUCCCUAACGGGCGGCCCUUGCCGCCUCUUUUCAACUUUAAACCGCAAGAACUGAAGGGAGCAACUCUGGAGCUCCUAGUGAAGCUGAUACCGGAGCAUGCUCGUAAGCAAUGCCCUUUCCUCGGUUUCUAGAUUGUUUCGACGAGUCUGACUGGAACAGGUGGUGAUUGUACUUGCUAUAAAAUUCUAUCCGCCAUUGUCGUUUGAGGAAAUUAGGAAGAGCUUCUUCUCUAUUUAUAGGAGGAUUGUUUGCUUUUGAAAAUACAUGUUACAGAUAAAAAAGCAUUUGGCUGUGGAUACGCUGUUAAAAUUUGUGAGUAGUAAUUAGGUUGAUCUUGUAUGUAUAACUUUAUAUCUCACUAGUUGUUCAAUGUACAUCUCUCUCUCUCUCUCUCUCUCUCUCUCUCCCCCCUUCAUAACUAGAUUCACAUAUUUAUCUGUCUGAAUUUAAGUCUGUAUUAUGCGGCA